AUGUCAUCGCAGCGACCCGGAGCGUUUAACAGCUUACGGAUGGGAGAAGUAAUCCGUGAGCGCGUCCAAGAUGGAGUGACUGGCGAAACCAGAGAGCUUCAGUAUACCCAAUGUAAAAUCGUCGGCAAUGGUUCUUUCGGUGUCGUCUUCCAGACCAAGCUUUCACCUUCUGGUGAGGAUGCCGCCAUCAAGCGUGUCCUCCAAGAUAAACGUUUCAAAAACCGUGAACUCCAAAUUAUGCGCAUUGUCCGUCAUCCCAACAUUGUCCAGCUCAAGGCCUUCUACUACUCCAACGGCGAACGAAAGGAUGAAGUCUACCUCAACUUGGUCCAGGAAUUUGUUCCCGAGACUGUUUACCGAGCUUCGCGAUUCUUCAACAAGAUGAAGACUACCAUGCCCAUCCUCGAAGUUAAGCUCUAUAUUUACCAGCUCUUCCGCGCCCUCGCCUACAUUCAUUCGCAAGGCAUUUGCCAUCGCGACAUCAAGCCGCAAAAUCUCCUUCUCGACCCGACCAGCGGCAUUCUCAAGCUCUGCGAUUUUGGCAGCGCUAAGAUUCUUGUUGAGAAUGAGCCCAACGUCUCGUAUAUUUGCUCCAGAUACUACCGCGCCCCUGAACUCAUUUUUGGCGCGACAAACUACACCACCAAGAUUGAUGUUUGGUCAACGGGGUGUGUCAUGGCCGAGUUGAUGCUUGGCCAGCCUCUCUUCCCUGGUGAAUCUGGCAUCGACCAAUUGGUCGAAAUUAUUAAAGUACUCGGCACUCCUACUAGAGAACAGAUCCGCACCAUGAACCCCAACUACAUGGAACACAAGUUCCCUCAGAUUAAGCCUCACCCGUUCAACAAGGUCUUCCGAAAGGCUGAUGCGAAUGCUAUUGACCUCAUCACCAAGCUGCUUGAAUACACUCCCACGGAGAGAGAGGCUGCCGUCAAUGCCAUGGUUCACCCCUUCUUUGAUGAGUUACGCGACCCCGAGACGAAACUGCCGGACUCCAGACACGGCACUGGCCAGCUCCGCGAUCUCCCCAACCUAUUUGACUUUACUCGUCAUGAACUGUCCAUCGCUCCCGACCUCAACAGCCAAUUAGUCCCUUCGCAUCAACGCUCUGUCCUCGCAGCAAGCGGUCUCGAUAUUGACAAUUUCACCCCGAUGACGAAGCAGGAGAUGAUGGCCAAGCUUGAUUGA